AUGAAAUCAACGUCGUCGUUUGGAGGAAGCAGCUCCAGGCUAUCAAAUUACAGCCGUACAUUUGAUUUACCAGAUGAUAAUAAUUAUCCUGAUCAUGACGACUCCGGUGUCAACUCGGACUGCGAACAACUCGGUGGUGCAAUGUUACCGGUGUUUCUCAACGACCUGAGAAGAAAUAACGAGCAAGACUUAGUUGAAGUUACGCUUGAACUCGACAAUGACUCCAUUUUUGUUUGCAGCGUUAAACCGAAUAUUAAUCCUACCUCGUCAGUAAUCUCCGAUCCUGGCGGCGGAGCUCGCGGCGGUGAUAAUACGGAGAGAGGAAAUUUGGAGAGGAGUUUAUCGGCGACAUCGAGGAUACGACGGACGUUCGGGUGGUUAAAAUCGAGAUCUUCGAGAACUAGUGCCGCGUCGGAAGUUGAAGAGAGAACAAUAACGGCGAGAGACGCGAGGAAAAUGAGAGCGAAACUUGAACGGACGAGAUCAGGAGCUCAACAAGCGCUAAAACGAUUGAGAUUCAUUAGUAAAACGACAGAUGGUGUAUCUGAUGAUAGUAAUGAGUUGUGGAAGCGAGUUGAGUCAAGGUUUAACUCGCUUGCUAAAGAUUGCUUGCUUGCUCGAGAAGAUUUUGGUGAAUGCAUAGGGAUGGUGAAUUCGAAGGAAUUUGCAGUGUGUAUAUUUGAUGCAUUAGCCAGGCGAAAACGACGACGGAUUUCGAAGGUUACGAAGGAGGAGCUCUAUGAGUUCUGGUUACAAAUUACAGAUCAGAGCUUUGACGCGCGUCUUCAAAUUUUCUUUGACAUGGUUGAUAGCAAUGGAGAUGGAAGAAUAACAAGGCAUGAAGUGCAAGAGCUUAUAAUGUUGAGUGCUUCGGCAAACAAAUUGUCCAAGCUCAAAGAACAAGCUGAAGAAUAUGCAUCAUUGAUCAUGGAAGAAUUAGAUCCAGAGAAUUUUGGGUAUAUUGAGUUAUGGCAGUUGGAAACACUUCUUCUACAAAGAGACACAUACAUAAACUACAGUAGACCACUAAGCACAGCAAGUGUAGGGUGGAGUCAGAACAUAACUUCACUCAGACCACAGACAGUGGUGCGUAAGCUAAGCUUUAAAUUGAGGUGUCUACUUCUAGACAAUUGGCAAAGAGGUUUCAUUUUGAUGCUGUGGAUAAUGGCAAUGGCUUGUCUGUUCUCUUGGAAAUUUUACCAAUAUAGAAAUAGAUCAGCCUUUCAAUCCAUGGGCUACUGCUUGUGUGUUGCAAAGGGUGCAGCCGAGACUCUUAAGCUCAAUAUGGCUCUAAUUCUUUUGCCGGUUUGUCGAAAAACCUUGACUUGGCUUCGUUCCACUCGAGCAAGAUCCUUUAUUCCCUUCGACGACAACAUUAAUUUCCACAAGAUAAUUGCAACUGCAAUAGCCAUUGGAGUAAUCCUUCAUGCAGGAAACCAUCUGCUUUGCGACUUCCCUCGUCUAGUACACUCAUCUCAGACUGACUUCGCCUUGAUAGCAUCCGACUUCCAUAACAAGAAGCCGACAUACAAUGAUUUAAUCACAGGCGUGGAAGGCGUUACUGGGAUUUCUAUGGUCGUGCUAAUGGCCGUAGCAUUCACACUAGCAACGCGCCAAUUCAGGAGAAAUGUAGUAAAACUACCUGCACCCUUUAACAGAUUGACCGGUUUCAAUGCCUUUUGGUACUCUCAUCAUCUUCUUGUUGUUGUCUAUGUUUUGCUGCUUGUUCAUGGGACAUUCUUGCUCUUGGUCCACCAGUGGAAUCAGAAAACAACAUGGUUGUACAUUGCUGCCCCUUUGUUACUCUAUAUGGGGGAACGGAGUGUGCGAACAUUCAGAUCAGAACAUUACGCAGUGAAUAUACUGAAGGUAUCUGUUCUACCAGGAAAUGUGUUCAGCUUAAUCAUGUCCAAGCCACGAGGGUUUAAGUACAAAAGCGGGCAGUAUAUAUUUCUACAAUGUCCAGCAAUUUCCUCCUUUGAAUGGCAUCCAUUUUCGAUAACUUCAGCACCUGGAGAUACCUAUCUCAGUGUUCACAUUAGGAUAGUGGGAGAUUGGACACAAGAAUUGAAAAGAGUUUUCACUGAGGUAUAUGACUCGACAUCCAUUAUUGGCCGAGGCAUGUUUUGUCAAGUUGGACAGGUGGAUCAAAUACGCCAGCCAAAACUAUAUGUCGAUGGUCCGUAUGGAGCUCCAGCACAAGACUACCAAAAUUAUGAUGUUUUACUCCUUGUGGGACUAGGAAUUGGUGCUACCCCUUUCAUAAGCAUCCUUAGAGAUCUUUUAAACAAUACAAGAGCUGCAGAUUAUCAAACGGAUUCAAACACUGAGACCAGUAGAUCAGAUGACAGCUCAAACAGUUAUAAAUCUUCAACUGUGACACCAGCAGGGAGCAAAAAGAGAACACAGAGAACCACAAAUGCUCAUUUUUAUUGGGUAACAAGAGAACCGGGGUCAUUUGAAUGGUUUAAAGGAGUCAUGGAUGAAGUUGCAGAGAUAGAUCUUAAGGGUCAAAUUGAGUUGCACAACUACCUUACAAGUGUUUAUGAAGAAGGCGAUGCAAGGUCAACUUUAAUCACCAUGGUCCAAGCUCUCAAUCAUGCUAAGCAUGGUGUUGACAUCCUUUCUGGAACUCGAGUCAGGACGCAUUUUGCAAGGCCCAAUUGGACAGAUGUGUUUUCUAGAAUAGCAAUAAAACAUCCAUUUGCUAAAGUAGGUGUUUUCUACUGCGGGAUGCCGGUAUUGGCAAAGGAACUGAAAAAGUUGUGUCAAGAGCUGAGUCACAAAACAUCAACAAGGUUCGAGUUCCACAAGGAAUAUUUCUAAAACAAAAGGAAAUCAUUUGAAAACAGAAAGGUUCUGCUGUCAUUUUGUAAUUAUUAAAAUAAUCAAAGGAAAAAAAAUCACAUACAUGUAUACGUAUAUACACACAAUUCAUGUUUGUAGCAAAGGUAGAUAUAGAUGUUUUUACACAACCAUUCAUACAGCAA